AUACUAGUCCUCCCCAGCUCAUAAAUUCUGCCUUCCUCCACUCUCAAGCUUCCAGAGCGUUUCACAAAGCCUGUAAAUUGCUCUCUCUGAAAUGCUGACUGAAACCAAAGGCCUCACAUGGACUCAGUUGUAACAAAGCACGCAUUCAGUUCCUUCAAGCUCAGCCCAUCACAGACCCAACAGCCCCUCCACAUCACCACAACACACUUCUCCUUCUUGAGAUUCUCUCACUGCAACAGAAAAUCAACAUCUUCAAUCUCUUGCUCUCAUAUACCUCCUUCCAAUCCCAGACGCCCAAAAUCCAUAUGGGAUUCUCAUAACUUACCCUUAAAUCCCAUCUGGUUCUUGGUCCCAGUCCUCCAAAGCAUCAGAGUUUUAGCUUCUUCACGAACCCAGAAGUGGGUUUCUUUCUUACAGGCUUACAAAGGCACGGAGAGUUUUGUACAUGAAAAUAAUAAUGAUUUUUUACAUAAUAGCGGGAUUGGAGUUGCUUUGUUAAGCGUGACAUCCAAUGCCAAAGUAAAAAUUAGUCCUUUCGUGGCUCAAUUGGCCGCGAAUCCGACCUUUGUUUCGGGCUUGUUCGCGUGGUUUAUGGCACAGUCGACAAAGGUGUUGUUGAAUUUCUUUGUGGAGAGGAAAUGGGAUUUUAGAAUAUUGUUUGCUUCUGGAGGCAUGCCUUCGUCGCACUCGGCGUUGUGCACGGCUUUGACGACCUCUGUGGCUCUUUGUCAUGGUGUUGCAGACUCGCUUUUUCCUGUUUGUUUAGGGUUCAGUCUCAUUGUUAUGUAUGAUGCUAUUGGUGUUCGACGACAUGCUGGUAUGCAAGCAGAGGUUCUUAAUAUAGUCGUUGAGUACUUGUUCGAAGGGCAUCCCAUCAGCCAAAAUAAGCUCAAGGAACUGCUUGGCCACACUCCCUCUCAGGUUAUAGCUGGAGCUCUCCUCGGCAUCAUAGUCGCUUGUGUUUGUUGUCAGGGAAGCUUGGUUGCUACCUGAGCUGACUUUGCAGGUAAUUUUGGUCAGAUUGUGUUGACACACACACCAUUCUAGUGUUGACAUGGCCACAGAAAUGAUUGUACUCGAUUUCUUCAUUCGAUAUCAGAUAGACUUUGGUUCAAAAAGUUGACGACAGAAAUGUUAUUUUGUACCUCUGAGGCUCUGAAACUGUUUAGAGCCAUGCCUGACUAUAAACAGAUUUGAAAAAUGUAUACAGAGACCCUAGACAUGAAGCAAGCUUGCAUAACUAUCUUGCAAGCAAGUUAGAAAUUUCAGAGACUUUGCUAAUUGCUUUGGAAGGUCCUAGGCCAGAUAAUUUGCGUUAUGAUGUUGCAGAAUUCCAAAAAUGUUGGCCAGAAAUUUGCCUUCAAA